GAGGGUAUCUAUUUCACUUACACAAUAGUCGCCGAGCCGAAGAGCCGUGAGAACCGAAAGCACCGCACGGAAUGCGCGGUCGACGACUCCACGCCGAUCACCGCGUCACGCCUGAAUAAGCCCAGAGACGUCCGGUUGACCACGUCGCGCACGGCCACCAGCGGCGCGGUCCAGCCCACGCGCCCGGCCUCGAGGGCGAACCUGCCCGGCGCGUCGAAGUAGACCGCCACCCCGAGAUCCCCACCGCUCAGCUCCCGCGUCCAGACCUCGAUGCUACCCGGGUACUUGGUCCGCCGCCCGCCUGGCUUGCCGAGCGGGUCCUGGUCGAUCGCAAUGAUCUCCGGGUUCAGGAGGAGCUUUUUCAUCGAGGCUGGCACUUUGCGUAGGUCCUGCGCGGCGGACGCGUCAAUGGUCGCCGAUGUGACCCACGCAAGUCGAAGGAAGGACGCAGGAUGCUACGUUGCCCAUGAUGAGCGGAGCCGCCACGAUCGACCAGAUAACAAAUUGCGUCGUCGCCUCGUCGUCGGUCACGCAGUCGUUGCCAGCGAGAAGCAUGUCCUGUGCGGAAUCAAUCCGUGACGCGGAGGAACCUUGAAUUGUAAAU